AUGCUAUUGGACAAACUGAUGGACGGGGAAUCUGUGAGCGCGGGCGAUCUGCUGUCGUCGAUCAAGAGAUUCAACAGCGACGAGAGGGAGCACGGAGCAAUCAAGGCCCUCCUUAAGAACUUCAUCCUGCCAGACACUGCGACGGACAUGGCCGUCAAGGGGAAAAGAGAUGACGAGAGGUGCGUGUACACAAUACCGAUACAGUCCUCGCUGUCCCCGAAAAACGCGAGGCCUCAGACAAUGGACGGCGCGAAGCAAGCAUUCAUAAAAUCUACCGUUAACCCACAAAGGAAUCUCAGCAAAGAGCUAUAUUACGCACAAAUAGCUAUUACGACGGAAAGCGAUGACACGAGGAGUACUGGCGGGGGGAAAUUGCCGGAGCAGACAUCGCGCGACCCAAAGAUCAGCAAAGAGACUCCUACCUAUGUACCGACAGAGCUCUCUAGUAACGUCAGGAGAAAAGUCGAACAACAGCAAAGGAAAGUGAGCUUUAAAAUAAAAAACGUAACAUCCAAUUACAAAAGGCCCCCGCUGGCGACAAAAACCACAAUGACAAUAACCAGCAACAAAGUAUCGGAGCUCACCAAAAAGUUCAACGAUUUAAUGAAAGAGCCAAACAAGAGUCCUAUUAAGCAAUCAAAGCUCGCGAAAACAAUAGAGGAUUUGCAGACGGCGUCUAAGUGCUCGGUCAGCAAUAGCUCCACUCCGUCUUCUACGUUAAGUUCUAGUCCUAAUAUUAAAAUCGUCGUUCGACAUAGAAGGAGCUCGAAAAAGAGGCACCCUAAGAAAAGGUGCUCCAGUAUGGACUCCAUAGAUAAAUUAAUUUUAACCGAAGGCACUUCAGGUAAAAUAAGAGUGAUACGAUCUAAGUCGGACGGUAUGAGGAUUCCAAAGUCACCGAAGAAACGAUUGAAAUAUCAAGAUUCCAGCGAACAGCAAAGUGGCUCUGAUUCCAUCGACGGCACGCCCACCAAAUCAAAGGCUGCUGACACUACGUCAGAUGAAAAACCACACCAGGAGUUGAAUGUUAAAAAUGUUAUCAAAAAAUUCGAAUUUGAAAUUAGUGCCCACUCAAACUCUACCAACACUCUUAAGAAACAACUGAACACACAGAACAGCAACUCUACAAGUGGCGAACCGCGAAAGGAAAAACCCAAAGUACCUGAAAAGAAAUCAACAUUAGUUUUAACGAAGAAUCUUGUAGUCAAGGACGGUGUCCCGAAAAUCAAGACGAUCAGACCGAUUUCGGGAGAUUUAACUAGCAGAAAUACAAAUGACAGUAAAAUAACUAUUCACGAAAGUACCAAAAAAAGAGAACCCAUUUAUGACAAGAAGAAAUUCAAAACAAAUUACAUACAUCCCGAAAAAUUGACAUUGCACCCCGUUGAAAUUAUCCAAGAGGAUCUCGGUGAAACUACUGCUUAUAAUACAGAUGUCCACGAACAAACUGUCGUUGUUACACAUAACGUAGAAAAUGAGGAUGAAGCCAAGUCAAAUAUUACUCCUAACGAAUCUUUCCUGUGGCGACGAAAAAGUAGCAACCAGAUUUACUCAGAUUGUGAGAGGACUGUUUCUGAAGGUCCUUACGGUUUUGUUUGCGUGACGGUCAAUGACAUCACAUCAGGUUACGAACAAGUGGUAGAUGCAACGAAGGAAUCUCAAACGGAUGAUCAAAAUGAAUCUCAUCGUGGCACGUCCACCAUUAAUAUCAAAGGCGACUCAAACUCUGACUUUGAAAGCAAUUUAGUUGAGGCCUACAACAAAGAGGUGCUUGUAGGCUUCACAUCGAAACCGGAAAAGGAAGAUUUGAUAGAAGACGACUACGAAGUGCUGGAACCGAGGGAUACCGAAAACAUAGUCAUAAUUCCCGUGAAAAGUAGCGAUAGAUCGUCGAAAAUAAACUGUCCUUUACCAGAAAUACCAAAGGAGCCUUCACCGUCGGUGACGCCUAAGGAAGAGAAUAUAUACCAAUCACUUUUAGAGGCGAGAUCGCACCCAGAAGGGGAUGAAAGCAGCUUGCACAAUUACGAGUUGUGCUUCGGACAAUUGGAAGAGAGGACAAGAGGCGAUGGGGACAGCGAUGACGGUUACGAAUACUGCAAGUCGCCCGUGAAGCCCUAUUGCCUGACGUCCAGCUCGGGCAUCCAAAUAGCCGAAGACUACCAGCCUUACGGCGCACAGAGCAAGAACUACGCGAUCACCAAGUCCGUGAGCGGCGCCUCCACUGUGAGCUACGAAAAAAUCGGUCCCGAGAGGAUCUACGAGAAGAUACCCGCGAAGUCUAAAGAGAGCAGCCCGACCUACAGCGGUAGACACUCGACGGUGUCCGACUACGCCGGCUACGACGACGGCGAGAACAUCUACGACACUAUCAAACAGGCCGAUGGCACCUCGCUCUCUCACUGCUACGAGAGUAUACCGAACAGCCCGAGCAUGGUGAAGCUGAGGCGGAGCCUGAAGAGCCAGCUGGCCAGCGCGGUCCAGAAGCGGCUGUCGUUCGACAAUAUGUCCAACGUGAGCCAGUCCACGCUGUCCAGCGAGCAAAAGACUAACAGCAUCUACGGGCAGCGAUCCGUUCUCAGCUACAAUGGUCAGGAGAUCGCCUUCCAAGUGCCAAGCAGCAGCACCAGCGUGAGCGACAGGAGCGAUCGCAGCGACGACUGGGUGGACGUAUCCGACGAGGAGAAGGGAGAUGAGCAGAAAAUUGUCAUUGUGCGUGAGAGGAGCCGGGGAAGGAAAAGUCCACUUAGCUGGUCACAAAAAGUUCGGCACCAAUGGCAGAAGACGCCAAAGCAGAAGAGCGACGAAAAAGGUCAGCGUGGGUGCUCGCCAUUUGUUGCCGGAUUCCAGCGGCGCCUAGAUCCAUUUAGAUUGCCCCUUGUA